AUGCAGAAUUUCGGACGAAUUAAAAUAGUCGUGGCUGGCGACUCUGGUGUCGGCAAGACAGCCUUUGUCCAUUUGCUCAGCCAAAAAGAGGCCCUUCUAAAUCCCUCCUGGACAGUGGGUUGUAGUGUUGAAAUUAUGCUGUACGAUGGCCCGCCCGCGGUUGAUGAGCAAAAAUACUUUAUCGAACUCUGGGACAUCGGCGGCUCGGCUGGUCAUAAGAAUGCACGUUACGUCUUCUACGACAACAUCCAAGGCAUAAUUCUGGCCCAUGACCUCACCAACAAGAAAUCAGAACUCAAUUUGUCCAAGUGGCUGAACGAACUCACUGUUACAGAUUCGUAA